AUGUUGCAGAACACAUCCACAAGGAAGGAGAAUAUGGUCGCACGGUACUUCACCUUAUGCUUCACAUCUGAAAACAAGUUGUCAAAAAUACAUCAGCAUGUGGCAGAGCACGCUGAUGUCACUAAGAUCCUCUCAGAUCACAGCACCCGAGCUAGCCACAUCGUCUGGACAACCUUGUUGGAUUGCAUAACCUGCCAUUACCACAACAAGGGAGUUACAGAGGAGGAGUACCUUCUUGCUUUUGCAAGAGACAAGGGACCUACAACAGCUUUCAUCAACGAGUUAUCAAGCGCUGGCUUUUUCGGUUCAAAGGGCGAGCAUGUCAUUGUGCACACCCUAGAAGCCAUGUUUUGCACAUCCACCAUUCCUCUUGAUGCUAUUCAGCCGCUCGACAUCAAGAAGUUCACUCACUCUUUCCUGGUUCCAUACGUUGCUACUUGUGCAAUUGCCCAUCGACUCAAUGUCAGUAUCACGGAGGCUCACACGAUGCUGUUGGAAAGCAGACAGGCUGGGAUUCAACUACAUCCUGCACUAGACUCGGAUGAAGAACUGGCCAUCAGUAAAUCAAUCUGCAGGUCAAACAUUCAGCGAUCCAAGUCAAACACAAUUGUCAUCCAUCGCAAUGAAGCUCAGGGUGGUCCGCCGAGGUUUCGCAGCCGGACUUGGCGCGCAGAGACCACACCACCUCCACAGCCUGGACCUUCACGACAUGCCAAUGCCCUCAAGCUCUCCGACUGUGCGAGCCAGGGGAACCCCUCAUCACUGUCUGCUCUCUCCUCGAUGCCACCAGGAGACCCGGAGAAAAGCCAAGGCAGUGGCUGUGUCUGCUGGGGAUGA